AUGACCCCGACCGAGCUUUUCCUAUCCGACGAUGACCAUCCCACGCAGACAAAAGAUGGCGACCUCGACUCCGAGAGCUGGUCGCCGAUCGCGCACCUGACGAGUGCGAAGCUCCUCAUGGACGCGCAGCUGCCCUCCAGCGAUGACCACCUCGGGGUCAAGAUGUCAAUGGACAUUCCACGACGACUCGGGAACGAAUCGAGCUUUCCUUACCCGUCCAAGAAAGUCCGUGAUGCGUUUUCUAGUGCUGCUCGAUCCCAAUCCUUCAAGGCCCGAUCGCUUGCAGUCGGCGAGCAUCGACUACCUCUCGGCACUACACAAAUCUGGAACGACCUCGACAAGGCCAAGAAAGCUCAAGGUCUACUCCGAGCCGCCGUCGAAUGGAUAGCUGGAUGUCAUGCGCGUCGUACUAAGGACCGCGAUCUGAAGAAGCAACUGGAGGUUGGGCUAUUGAGCCUCCCAUGGCGGGACUCGUUUUGGGGCUUUGACUGCAGCCUGAUCACCUACGAGAGCCUUAUCGGAAUACUCAGUGAGUUCUCUUAUGCUCGUGUAACUCGUGGACAUGUCUUGCCCCAUUGGCGAUCUACCCAUCUCUUCCCGACACCCUCUCAUCACCUUCUCUCCACUUUACGUACUCUGGGCCCCCUUUCUUCAUCAGGCAACAAUUGGUUUGGCGAAAGUGUCGUUAAUUUCCUCAUCGCUUGCGUCAUCGAAGCGUCGUCAAGACCAAGUCAACGAGACGGAUCCCAGAUUUACGGCCUCAUCCCGUCGGACUGCCUUACGACUGCUCUCGCCGCCCCGAUCAUCAAGACGUCGCUAGAAGCUUAUCAAUUCGAAUCCGCGCUUGUCAGAGAUUUUCAUCUGCCCUACACGGGUCUGUCAGAUAUGGCCGACUACAUUGAGAAUAAUCCGGGGACGAUCUGGUUCCUCCCGAUCUGCCAUCAUAGUCACUGGUUCAUGGUGCGAGUGGAUGUUCAAGGAAGGUCCUGCACUCUUUACGAUUCGCUUCGACAUGGUACGGCUCCGCCGAAGGUAGACGCUCUCGUGCUCGAGGCACUGGAGGCACUGCUCGGCGUGCUACGAGUACGGAUACCAGUAGACGAAUUUACUCUGGCUUCGAUGGCCCAGCAAUCAGAUUCCUUCUCCUGCGGCCCUGCGGUCGUCAACGUCGUCGAGUCCGAGGUGCUGGGCGAGGAAGAAUUUGAUCCAAAACGAGCAGCGGUCAGCCGCAUGUGA